AUGGCCUCUGCAACUGUCACCACAUCACUCCAACCACACCGCGCAUCCUUCUCGGCUGCCGGUGGUCUUUCUCACGAGCAGACGCAGCCUCCAACGCAGAAAGCAACGGCCCCAACUCCCUCGCCAGCCUCGGCCUCCGCUCAGCUGGCGGUGACACUCCCACCAUCUCAUCCAUCCCACGCGCCACAUCUGUCGGUCAGCAAUCCCUUGGAUAAGUCAAGCAACUCACUCAGCGGCGUCGCUCAAAUGCCAUCCGCGUCGCAACAAUCGCAGUCUUCACAGCAGUCUUUUGCAAUGAACGCGGAUCCUUCACAGCAGUCCGGGCCGUUAUCGGUGUCUGGCUAUCGGCCUUUCGCAGAGUCUUCCCAAUCGAAACCUGAAGACGACGACCCGAUGAAAAUUUACUCGGCUGUUUACUCGAACACAAAUGUUUACGAGAUGGAAGUGAACGGCAUCGCCGUUAUGCGCCGCCGUCACGACUCUUGGCUCAAUGCUACACAGAUUUUGAAAGUUGCCGGUGUCGACAAAGGCAAGCGCACUAAAAUUCUCGAGAAGGAAAUCCAAACAGGGGAACACGAGAAGAUCCAAGGUGGCUAUGGAAAAUAUCAAGGCACCUGGAUCCGUUUUGAGCGCGGAGUCGAGGUGUGUCGGCAAUACGGCGUGGAGGAGAUUCUUCGUCCCCUCCUAACCUAUGAUAUGGGCCAGGAUGGUGGUAUUGCUGGCCAGGGCAAUUUCAACACACCGACUAAAGAACAGGCAAUGGCUGCUCAACGAAAAAGGCUCUAUAACGCCGGCAAUGAAAGCCGGUCUAAUGGCGCGUCGGGCACCUUCUUCAAAGGCAUUUCCAGCACGGCGUCCAACAUGGUCGGGAUCAUCAGCAAGGCUCGCUUUGAGUCGCCCGGCCCGAGGAACCGUCCUGCGAGCGGCCAGGCGGACAGAAAUGGUCUCGCACGCGGUCCAAGUUUUACUCGACAACCGUCAAUGCAAGGCGACGAACUUCCGAAUUCCCAGCAAAGCUAUACGUCCGAAUACAACAGAGAUGAUGCUUACUCGUCUCAACCCCACAGCACCCAGCAAACCAACAUUGGUGAUGGCACAGAGCCUCCUCGGAAGCGUGCCAGGAUGGCGGCCGCCCCUGCCGACAGCUUUGCGUUCCCUGGCUCGGCCGAUGCAUAUGCUAACGCGGCCGCGUUCCCGGGCUCCCCAACAGAGCCGAACGAGUCGUUCAUUUAUAGCCAAGCUGGCUUCGAGCUACACCCGUCCAUAGAAGGCCUCAAUCCCCUCCCGCCCCUGCCGUUUGAAGUUUCCGCCGAUGCCGAAAACAAGCGUAACACACUUAUGUCCCUGUUUAUGGACUCGAAUGGCACAGAUCAAUCCCGAUUCGACAUUCUUCGUCGCAUGACGCCGCAUGAGCUUGAUAUGCCUAUUGAUGCACAAAGCCAUACUGCUCUGCAUUGGGCAGCCACGCUGUCUCGGAUGCCUCUGCUCCGCUCUUUGAUUGCUAGCGGUGCAAAUCCAUUUCGUGUCAAUGCUGUAGGCGAGACGGCAUUGAUGCGUGCGUGCCUUGUUACAAACUCCCAUGAACACAAUUCUAUGCCGGACCUCCUGGAUGUGCUAGGCAGUACAAUUGAGGUGCGCGAUGCAAAGGGACGAACUGUACUGCACCAUAUCGCAGUUACAAGCUCUGUCAAAGGGAGAAGCGCGGCCAGCCGGUAUUAUCUCCAGUGUCUCCUUGAAUGGGUUGUACGUCAAGGGAGUGCACCGAGCAGCCAAGUGCUUCAAUCGAGCAUGAAUGGAAAUUUGUCGUCUGCUCCUGAAAAGCUCGGCCUUGCCCGAUUCAUGAGCGAAAUCGUUAACGCACAAGAUAAGGCUGGAGACACGGCCUUGAAUAUUGCUGCCAAAAUUGGAAACCGCAGCAUCAUCUCACAGUUGCUAGAGGUCUGCGCAGAUCCCAACCUUCCGAACCGGCAGGGUUUGCGGCCACUGGACUUCGGGGUUGGGGUUAGUACCUCUGGUGAAGGACGUGCUGAUGAUGCACGCGACGGCGAACCCAAAGGCGGCUCUGGUAGCAGUCAAAAGAGUCACGAAAGCAAUGACGAAAUUGUUUCAUGUAAGAAUCUGACCAUCUAUCUCCUUCACUCUCCUGGUCAACAGUUCGAGACCGCAUCGGUGUUUCGGAACGAGAUGAAGGCGAAACAGCAUGCGGUAGAUUCUUUGCACGCCUCGAUUCGCGCGACCUCGUCACAGUUGGGUGAAGCUCGACGGACUCUCGAUACACUUGAGGGGAAAGCAAAGAAACAGCAACAAUCACGCCAGAAAGUCAUCAACUUGUCACGUGCUCGGGACGAAGAGCAGUUCCGUGUGAUGGAACUCGAACAGGCACGAGGACGUACUCGUAGUGACCCAAGCCUUACAAUGAGCUGGGAAGUCGAAGUGGAAAGCUUGGUAACCAUGCCAACCCCGUCGCCGGGUAGUGAGUGCAUAAACGGCUCAACGUUGAGAGACUCGCCAGUGCUACCUUCCAGCAGUGUCCUGCGGGCACGAAUCAACGCCCUGCGUUUGCGGACCGCGGAGACGCGACAGGCGGAGCAAGCUCUCAAAAGUCGCAGUAGGGAAAUUGAACUCAAGUUCAGGCACCUGGUGGCACUCGCUACAAAGUGCUCGGAUGCUGAUGUGGACAGCCACCUCGACAGCCUAAUGCGUGCUGUGGAGAGCGAGAAAGGUGACUUGGAGAUUGGGCGUGUGCGUCGUUUCCUUGGCGGUGUUGAGGGGGUUGUGCAUUGA